AUGGCUUCCGCUGGAGGAGAGUCUAGUGAAAAUAAUCAGGAUAUUCCGCCUAAUGAGGACGAAAGAACUGUAUACCAAGACACUGAAACAAUUGUCACGCAUUUUAUGGUCCAACACCAUCAGGGUGAGACACAAAGAGCGGAAGAACAUGGUGAAAUGGAGAGUCCUUCGGCUAGUGCAUGUUCAGACGCACUGGAAGAAUUGCGUGCUGGUAAUGACAUCGCUCCAAUUUCACAGGAUGAACAAUAUGUCGUUGAUUACCUCACAAAAAUGGCCGAUGAAUUAAAUACUAAAUACAGAAAGAACAUCAGGGAUAUGACAGACGCAUUAAGCCUAACGCCAGGAACGGCCUACGAGUCAUUUGCUGCAGUCGCUCGGGGGUUGUUUCGUACAGGUAUAAACUGGGGAAAAGUGGUUGCCCUUCUUUGCUUUGGCCACGAAAUUGCCAUGACUGUCAUAGAGGGACAUUUUGGUGGUGGUUUUCUUCGUAGAAUCAUACGAUUUGUGGUGGAUUUUAUCUUCAGAGAGCGGAUUGCUUGCUGGAUUGCUGAGAAUGGAGGAUGGAGAGCUGUGAUGGAUUUUCACCUGUCAGAACCUAGCUGGUACACAGUUGGUAUUGUGCUUUUGUUAGGAACCAUGGCUGUUUUCUUGGCCUCUCAAAGAAAAUGA